AUGUUAAGUCCAAGAAUAUCCACCCCAAAAAUACAGCCCCUGACGCGUCAAGAUGGAGCCAAAAAAGCAAUCAGACACAUCGGCCAGAGAAGACGCCAUAUCUUCACCGAAUGCAACCACAGCAUUGAAGAUCAUCACUGCAUGUAUCCGCCCAAACAUACCGGAAGAAUACUUCGCCAAAAUCCCGCUACGGACACCGUCGUCCGAUUCCAUGGGCUAUGCAACAACUGCGAGGGAAAAAAUUUGAUUCGCAGGGCUAUUGUAUUGGAGACAAAGAGGUUGGUCCAGGGUCAUAUGGUGGGAUUCGUGGACGAGACACAAGUUCGCUCUAUGACUGAACGAUUCGUGAGGUGGGCAAAGAACAAACUCGUCGUGUACUACAAGUACAAGAAGAUGGAACGUGCAAAGACCAUAGAAGACGAACAUGGCGACGAUGAAUGGGACGUGCUGCCAGUGGUGGUCGUGCCUACAGCCUCAAAUCCCUCCAGGAGCGGCGGCUAUCAGUGGGAGGAAGUAUACGUGGAGAUCUCGUCGAGCCCGACUCUGAUCCAUGCGCAAUUCGAUAUUCAGAGACAUGUGUCUGAAUUUGAGCGGAAAUGGAACGAGCCCGUCAGAGGAUCGAGAGGUAGUCGAUGUAGUUUUGCGAAUCCAUCAAGCGAGACGGAUCUCGGUUCGAUAUUUCCGACAUUUCCUCAUGAAAUGUUGCCUGAAGCCGUGAGGGCGCUCGAGGAUCAUUAUCGGUAUGAUGAUCCAGAUUUGCUUGAGACGUUGCCCGUUGCUACUGCGGAGGAUUUCGAUGAGGAACUUUAA